CCACGCAUUAAGUUGUGUAUCUUUCUACGGAAUAAUUCAGUCUGUGCUUGAUCGUCUUUUUGGGCUUGUAUAAAAUUUUAUUUAUAAUUUAACAAGUAUAUUAAAUUUUUAUUAAAAUAAAUAAAUACAUAUAAAAAUAGACACACCCGUUGUGUUAAUUGUUUAAAAGUCUGCCAAGUAAAAUUAUUACAUUUGGUCAUAAGACAUAUUUUCAUUCAAAAAAUACAGACAGACAGACACUAGUAUUUUUUUUUUUUUUUUUAUUUCUAAUUAGUCUCAUAUUAAAAAAUACUCUUCGAUUGUGUUUAUAAAAAAAAAAAAAAAAAAAAAAACAUUCUAAACAGUGUUUUUAUUUUGUUAAUAUAAAUAAAAAAAAAAAAACAAACAUUUUUAUAAAUAAAUUUUGUGACAUUUUGCUUGUUUGUGAAAAUUUCAAUUAUAAAAAAAUUUUUUCAUUAUUAACUAUUUUUUUUUGAAAUUAAACAAGCAAUAUAUAAAUUACUGCUGUGAAAUAAUUAUUCAACAAUUUUAUAAGAGUGUUUCAAUUAACUUUUUUUUUUUUUUUUUUUUUUUUUUUGUUACAAAAAAAAAAAAUAGCAAAUAAUUAGAUUUUAUAUAGAAUCUCAAAAACAAAAAAAAUAAUUAAUUUUGUGCCAUGGCGAGUUACGGUGAUAUGACAGGAUCUGCAACUGUUGAAAAUAGCAGAACGAGUCUUCGAAGAAUGGCACGUCAUGAAGAGCCUGAAUUUAGUAAUGCAAGUAUAUUGUAUAGUAUGGAAAAAUUUGUAAAAGCAGUCAAUGAAAUGGAAGAAACAAUACUUGUACCAUCAAGAUUAUUAGAUCUUGCUGUUGGUGAUUCAAAUGAUACUGUUAGUCAAAAAGGUUUGAGUAACAUAAAUACAACAAUGCCACAUACUGAUUUAUAUCGUUUAUAUAAUAUUGUCAAUAAAAUGAAACUUGAAUUACUUUGGUCACAAAAAUCAACUGAUGAAAAUAAUGAUGAUGAUGAUAUUGAUAUUGAUGAUAGACGUACAACAAAAUCAUCAUCAACAUCAUUAACAACAACAACAACAUCAACAACAUCAACAACAUCAACUGAUCAUGUUAGACUUGGUCAUGCACGUUGUCCAAGUACAACAUCAAUGCAAAGUGUACAAAGUGCAUCAUCAUUAAUAUCAAGUUCAAGUUCAUCAAGUGAUACAGAUUCAGAUGUUGGUAUUGAAAUUGAUUCUGGUAUGGAAACUGAAGAUACUAUUAAUGAUAGAUAUGCAAAUCAAGCUGCUGAAAAUUUUCGACGUCAUUUACAUGGUCUUCAUCGUAGCAUUAAACGUAUGACAAAUGCUGCUGAAUAUCUUACACUCAGAUAUCAAGCUGAUGUUGGUGGACAAGCUUGAUUUUAUCUUUGUUAGAAAAUAUAUAUAUAUUAAUUUACAUAUAUAUAUACUUUUUUUUUUUUUUAUUUAUUAUCCAUUUGUCUCGUCUUCUUUGCGUUAAUAAUUUCAAAAUAAAUAAAAAUAACAUUUGAAUUAAUUACAUUUAAUAUUAUUAUUAUUAUUAUUUUUGAUCUUGUCAGUUUUCAAAAAGAAGAAAGAAAUUUUUCUUUUUUUUUUUUUACAUGAAAUAAAAUUCAGGGAUAUAUCUUGUAGAUUAUAUUACUUCAAGUGUAUAAUAUUUAAAAAAAAACGAACUGAGUGGAUAUUUAAAAAAUUAAAAAAAAAAAAAAGUCUGCGAAUAUAUGAAUUGUAUGAAUGGUUAAUUAUUAUUAUUAUUAUUAUUUUGAUGAAUGAUUAUUGAAAUAUAAAAUGAACAACAAAAUAAACAAAACAAAAAAAAAAAAAAAAAAAUUGUGAAAUAUGAAAUGAUGAAUGUGCAAGUGCGUGAUGGUAUACAUAUAUGUAUUUUUUUUUUUACUUUUUUUUUUUUCUUGUGUAAUUAAAGUUUGGAUACUAUGAAUUCAGGUAAUCUACUAUUGUAAUUGGGUCAAUGAAUUGUCGUGAAUUUUAAAUACAAAUCUUAUAAUAACAAGUAUGUGAUUUAUAACACUGGGCUAAUAAAUUAUUUGUUUCAAUUGUGUGUUACAAAAAAUAUAAAUAUCAGACAAUAGAUAAUUG